AUUCUGCUGGAGAAAGACACACACAAAAUGUUAAAACUCUUGCGAAUUAGAAAUUUUACUAAUUUCGGGUCCGGGAUUUCCACCUCGGCGUCGGUCGCUGCUGUGCAGUCGGGAAGGUUUAAGGUCUCUAUUAAGCAUAAUAAUCCGUUGACUUAUGAACAGGCCCAUAAACCUCACGACAUUGGGGCGAAGAAGGAGUGGAAUUCUUUCAACACGGAAAACCUCCCCAGCUUCUCCGUGGACCCUUCCCCCACUGUAAUCUCGGACAUGUUCAUCCGGAAGUUCAUCUCCGGAACCUGGCACGACCUCUUCGUCACGGAAAUCACGAUAAAGAGACAAGCGAACCUCAUCAGGAUCGGCGGGAUCGUGCAGCGCUCCGUCCAUGCGAGGAAGAUUUAUUGGCUGAUUGGAUAUUGCGAAGAGAUGCUGGGGGGAUGGUUGCAGUGUGUGGUUAAAAUGGAGGUGGUGACCAUUGGGGGGAAAAGGGAGGUCGUUUUUAAGUAUGUUUAGUUGUGAUUUGUGGUUGGUUUCUAGUCUUUGAGAUAAUUUUGCAUAUGAGUUAUUAAAUAUUAAAUUGUUUGGAUGGAAA